UCAAGUCGAAGAGGUUAGUAUGGCGUCGUCGUUCAUCGAAGAUAUACUUGGAUCAGAAGUCGAUGAAAAGGCUGUGAGCGCUUUCGUCGGCUCAUUGGAAAGCCAGUUGGCGUCCCCGUCUGGCGGCACUUCGUCCGGUGCAAGUACGACGAAUAAUUUGCCCCGAUCACAGCGUCCAAAUCACGUCCCUUCUUCCACGGCUCCGAGCAAUUCGAGUCAAAGUAACAAUUCAAGUGUGGCGACAGUUAUCAAUAUAAAUACUGCGACAGGUUCACCAAUUACUAUUACCGGCAAAUCAUCGUAUAUUUCCAGUUCUAGUUCAUCUACACCCAUCAACAUCGCUCCACGGCCUGUUGUUACAUCGACCGUUUCGCUCGCACCGAAAACGGUAACUUUACUAUCUCCACAGACUGGAAAUCGCGGUUAUUUGCCAGUGCAAAGCGCUAGUCUCGGCCUUCCAUUGAUGAUGGGUCAAGUGAGGGGGCAAUUACCUCAUGCACCUAGAUUGGUAUCUACUGCCAUGUCAUUGCCAAGAGGCAAUACAGCACAAAAUACUGUUCACAAGCUUUCACCACAACUUCAUAAUAUGCAGCAAACUGGCUCAACCCAUAGGAUUGCAAUCAAGCAGGAACCAAAAAGUCAGCUGAACCAACCACCAACACUGUUAACCAACAAUGUGCACCUGCACUCCCCGGCAACUGGGAAACCAGUUCAGAACCAUGCGAUGGUCAUUAAAAAUGAAACAAAAAUUAUCACAAAUCAUGUACCAGUACCACACAGUGGGGUGGUCAAAUCAGAACCGGCAAAGUCUGUCGUUACUCAGCACAACUCAACGGCAGCUAACCAAAACCGUGCUGCAGCGCAAGCUCAGGUUAAUCGGGUUAAAGAACAAGUUAUGAAAUUGAAAAGCUUCUUCACCAGGUUAUGUACCUUAGCCACAGAUCAAUCACCUGAGAUUGGUAAAGCUGUUCAGGAACUCAUUAAUGCUGUCAUGGAAAAUAAACUGACAGAGGAAGAUUUCACAGCGAAACUUGAAAAAACCUUGCACUCACCAUCACAACCUAACCUUGUACAUUUUCUCAAGUCCACGUUACCAUUCCUUCGCAUGGCUAAGCAACAACAGAGCGCUCAAACGGCGGUUGCAGCUGUCGCAAACUCCCCGACUGUGCGCCAAGUUCAAAAACCAGUCCAGUCGGUCGCCGCCGUGAGCAAAUCGCAGCCCACGAUCCUGCCAUCGACGCAAAUCAAUCGACAGAUACCAGUACCUGCGGUUGUAAACAAACCUCGAAUCAAACCAGCCACCUCGGCGCCGCAACAAAUUGUUCUCAAUCAACACACCUUCGCACAACUCACACCACAACAACAGCAACGAAUCCUCUUACAGCAUCCUAGUCUUCAACAACUCUUUCCAAAAACGCAAUUGGCAACGUCGAAACCUGGUAUCGUGUUAAUAUCAUCUCAAGCUAAUCCACCAGCUCAUGCUGCGCACGCAGUGAUUACGGCAAAACCGCAGGCCCCUCCAACCAGCGCAGCUCAGGCGCAGGAUAAGUCAAAAGCGAGGCCGACGUCAUCCAUAUCAGCUGUUACCAGCGGUAACGAUGACGACAUCAAUGACGUGGCGUGUAUGGCUGGAGUGAAUUUACAGGAAGAACAAUCGAAAAUUCUCGCUACGAACUCAGAAAUUUUAAACCUCCAACUACGAAGUUGCAAAGAUUCGUUCUUUUUAAAUAACAAGAUCUUGCAAAAACAAAUUGAAGAUAUCGCAAAAAAACAUGGCGUGAGUUCGCUAGGUUCAAAUAUCUGUGGCCUAGUUUCUCAUGCGACGCAAGAAAGACUCACAAACAUCAUGGAAAAACUGUCGAUUUUUAGUCUACAUCGGUUAGAGACGAUGAAGGAUGAUCCCACUUAUCAAACAUCAUCGGACGUCAAAUCGCAGCUUCGGGUUUUUGAACAAAUCGAUGAAAUCGAGAGACGAAAACGAGAAGCGAGAGAGAGGGAAGUUUUAAUACGAGCUGCCAAGAGUCGAUCACGGCAGGAGGAUCCUGAACAAGCCAGACUAAAGGAAAAAGCAAAACAGCUACAACUCGAGGAGGAGGAGACAUUACGAAAGCGUGCAGCGAAUAAGACGGCGCUGGACGCCAUUGGACCGAGAAAAAAACGGAAACUAGACGAGGCUUUGAAUAAUGCCGAGGGUUCGCCUGGAGCAAAUUCAGGAACUGGUUCAACCACGACAAGCACUAUCCGAAGUCAAUUUCCUCGACAGAGAACACGUCGGGUCAUCCUCAAAGAUCUUUUACUUAUAAUGGAACAAGAAAAGGAAAUGUGCAAUUCCAAACUAUUAUACAAAGCUCUUAUGAAAUAGCGAUUGUUCUGUCGCGAAAAUUACCAUAUAAAUCAGAGUUAGAUAUUGUAUCAGAGAAGUAUAAGAAGGUGAAAGAAAACAAAACAUUACCCGAGAGAUCGGAACACAUUAAGACUUCAGAGAACGUUAUCAAUAACGCGACUGGCUGUGAAAAGAACGUGUUCUUUAGUACUUCAAUUUUAAUUUAAUUCGAUCUCAUCCAUUUUUCUAAAACACGAGAUGAUAUUAAUAUUGAGAGUGCAUUUGUAAAUAUAUUGAAAUUCACUUCCAGUGAAUAAUGGAACAAUAAUUCUCUACUCGCUAGUAUUUCAGAUUUGAUCGAAUGUGAUUUAGUUUUUGCAAUAGUCAUUUCUACCCAAUGCCACAUCCUGUAGAAUACGAUUUUUGUUGCGUUUUUCACAUUCGUUUUAGGGUAACAAAACUAACGCAUGCGAAAAGCUGCGAUUCAUUAAUUAGGACGCACGUGUUAAUUUUUCACAUAUAUUGAAAUUAUUGAAAUUAACACGGCAGACGCCACGCGACGCUACAUUCAAUAUUUUUUUAGUCAUGGACGCGUGGCAAACAUUUUACAUGAUCCCAAAAUCGUCUCUCCUCGGGUUAUGCUUUGUUUUCGAUUGAAAUUGUCGGUCGGACAUACGUAAGGUGAACAUAAGUACAUAACGUGUUGUAGGCAUCGUACAAAUUUUAGGCCUGCUGCGCAAACAACCGCGCGAAGCUCUCGAACACAAUGGUAGAUUCCACCAGAGUUGGUGCAUAUAGGACGCGUUUGAACCAACGGGGGACUGGCGCAAAUAUCACAAAGUCGUUUAUGAAAUCAAAUUGACGCAAAUAAGAGAAUGUGUAUAGAAUUUCUAAUUUCGAUGAUGUGUGUUGUGUUGGGUGUG